AUGCCACCGGUCAGGAAAAGCACUGCCGCAACACACUAUUUCGACAGCUACGGGUUCGGGCUAGAUCCAGUGGCUAAGGAUUUCAAGAUAGUUAUGAUUAGGCACUUCUGGGAUGAUGAUACAGUCUUUACCCCCUGGUGCGUUCUUGUAGCCAGCUCCUCUCCCAAAUUCCCUUCACAAGUGGUGGUGUACACACCUGGCACUGAUACUUGGAGGGAGCUAGAAGAGUUGCGGCUUGAAGUUCGUAUAUUCGACUCCGUCCGAUCUUACAAUUACUUGAAUGGGUUCUUUUUCUGGGCAUGCUUAUCUCCUCUUGCAGCACUGGCGUUCGACCUCGAGAAUGAGGUUUUCCGUGUGGUUGACGAUCCGGUGCCCAACCUAUAUGAUUGCAUUUAUGAUGAGGCUGGUAUGAAACAGCUACUUGUGUACAAGGAUGCGCUUGCUUUGUUUCUUUUCCAGGAGAGUAGCGGUGGUUGUGAUCUGUGGUUACUGAGUGAAGAAUGGUGUUGGGUCAAGCACCAGACUGUUGCUCCCUUUAUUCCACCUUCUGUGAUGCUGCCGACGCCGGAGGUUGCUGCUGGUGAGGAUUGGAUGCCAGGUAAUUACCCUUAUAUAUCUGUGGUUGGGUGGUGGAGGGACGACGAGCUUAUUCUUGUUAGGGGUUAUGGCACAUCUGAAACCCAUGAGUUGGUGUUGUUCGACCCUGCUACUCAGGCCACUAAAGUUGUGGAAGAUGAUGUUCAUGGAGCUCGCAGGGUUUAUGUUAACAAAGAAAGCUUGGUCAGUGUGGGGUGA